AUUGUUGUGAUAAACUUAUUAAAUAGAAAUUUUGAUUAUCAGCAUGUCGAAACAAGUCAGGACCUUCAUAGUUUCUGAAAUCAGGAACAGACUUUCCGUCAUUACCUUGAAUAGGCCAUUACAAUUGAAUGCGUUCUUUCCUCCCCUCAUAGACGAAGUUUUGUUAGAGAUGACCUUUUGGAGAAAGCAUGUUGAUAAAUUGAGCUCUGUGCUGAUCAAAGGAGCAGGGGACAAAGCGUUUUCUGCUGGGGGAGACGUGAAAUUUCUUCUACAGGCUUUCAAGGAACGGAACUUAGGAAUGAUUAGUCUUCAAACCCAGGGCGAGUACUCUCUGGUGCAUCGGUUGGAAACGUACAGUAUCCCCACAGUGGCACUGGUGGAUGGUAUCUGCAUGGGCACUGGGGGAGGAAUAUUCCAACACUCCUCAUUCUCAGUGGUGAGUGAGCGUGCCAUAUUUGCGAUGCCAGAGACGGCGAUAGGGAUAGUGCCGGAUUCAGGAGUGGCAUUGCCGUUUGGGAGACUGGACCACAAACUGGGAGUAUAUCUGGGACUCACGGGGGCCAGACUCAAAGGUGCGUCUAUCUACCAUGCGGGUCUGAGUGACUUCUUCGUCAGUUCAGAAUACCACGAAGCUCUCGAGACAGCCCUGGAGAGUGCAGAAACGAAAGAGGCGGUGAAGGGGAUACUGAAGGAGUUCCAUGAGAAGUCACGUGAUAGACAGACCCCAUUCAGUUUGGAGCCCCAUUUGAGUGAAAUAGAGAACAGCUUCAGUCAUUCUACUGUUGAACAAUGCAUGGAGUCCUUAUCCCAGUCUUCAACUCAAUUCGCCCGGGAGACCAAAUCAACUCUAGAAAAGAUGUCGCCCACUGCACUGAAAGCCACACUGAGACAUAUAAACACUCCUUAUAAGACACUGUUGGAGUGUCUAAGUAUGGAUUAUAGAGUCAUAUACAGAUUGUGCAGGUCUCAUGACUUUAUAGAAGGCGUGUCUGCUCUACUAGUGGACAAGGACAGAGAACCCAAAUGGAGACCAGCCAGUCUGAGUGAAGUGACAGAUGAGCAGAUUGACAGUCUGUUCCAGAGACUGCCAACAGAAGACGAGUUCGAACCAAUUGUAGAAAGAUGACAGAUUUGAAACUGAAAAAGAAGGAUUUUGUUUUUUGUUGAUCGAACUCAAACUGAAUCAAUUGAAACGUGUAUAUCUAGAUAGAUGGCAGCACUUUCUGAAUUUAUCAAAGACAUUAUGAUUAUAUAUGG